AUGACAAUAGUCUGGAGUGGAGUGCCCUCUGCUGGUAAUGAUGGGCGCUCUCACUGGUUUAGAUGGUUGAAUCUGCUUCUGCUGUUUUGCUUUAUCAAAUAUAGAGAAACCACCAUUGCAGGAAAUAUCCUUAUACAUGUGACGGGACAAAAAGGAAAAAACGCCACUCUGUCAUGUAAUAUUGACGCCAGAGACAUUAUUGAUGUUAUUUUAAACAGUCAGUCAAAAAACAUCCCUGUCUGUGAGAAGAAAAACUGUAGUGGACGACUAUUUAAAGAAGGAUGUGACGUCGUCAUCAAGGAUCUGAUCUUCAGUGACGCUGGGAAAUACAUUCUGAGAGUCCAUUACAAUAACACUCCAGAGCCACAGAUCAGGGAAUACCAUCUUCAAAUUCAUGAUGAUAUUUCUGUGAAGAAAGGCGAGAAAGUAAAGUUGGAUGUUCUGUUGAUCAACGCUGAUAAAGUGGAGAGAAACUCUCGCUCCGGCUGGACAGAGGUGUGGAGGAGAGGUCACGGGGUCAGCAGUGAUCGACUGAAUGAUCGUGAUGGAAAUCUGACCAUUAAUGAGUUAACAGCCAAUGACACUGGAACAUACAGAGUUCUGGAUUCAGAAGGAGAAACCUUGAUCACAGUCACAGUCACAGAAUCUAGAACAGACUCAGGAUCACCAGGAGAACGCAAGGAUGGCACUGAACCUCCUGCAGUGUAUUGGUUCUUGCGUGUUGGACUGCCUCUGAUUCUGCUGGUUCUGCUGGGUGUGAUUGUCUUUUUUGUCAUCAAGAAACCCCAGUGUCUGAAUGAUCUUUACUCGCAGCCGCCGGAUCAGAAUGCAGAGGAACCAGGCCUUUAAUAAUCUCUCCUGAGGGCCCGUGCGGCGCAGGAUUGAACAUCCAGCGAUUUAUAAUUCACCUUCAGAGUCAACAGUUUUACCGAGGAUUCUGUCAACAUACACCAUACCGCAGGUGUGAGAU